AUGGGUUGCAUUCAGUCGACAGUCAGUUACAAAAACGGCCAACCCAAUUUCAAAGGAGCAACGGAGGUUCACAGCAUGUUUAAUGGACUUCUUUUCCGUCUAAGUGAUACCAAAAAUAAGCGAUGGGCUUUUUAUAAUGACUCGCCAUGUUACACCAUUCAUGUGGCCAUUCUUUUUGAUUUUGAUACUCAAAUUCUUCCAUUGGGUUCCACCACCGCCUUCCGAAUUGAUGAGCCCCGCCCUGGUAGAGAAGGUGACAGGGGUAAAUAUCUUGCAGAAGUGGAUGUUCCACCGCUUUCAACAGAACUUUUUGUGGAGGGGGAAGUUACUCAAUGGAAUGUGGACACGCUGGAGGCCCGUACCGCAGGAUCUGAAGAACAAUAUCGUCUAUAA